GCUCUCUAUGUGUGUGCUGAGUAUGUGAAUUGAUCAAAGCUUUUUAGUUGAAAGAAAUUAUCAAGUAACUUCUUCUGACCUACAUAUAUAAAAUUUGAUUGAUUAUUUAUUUGGACAGAUUUGUCCCAUUGUAUUUCACCAUUUGACGCAAUUCUCUUGAUAGUGGUCAGCUCUAAUUCUAAUCUCUAGACGAUUGUCUCUCUCAGAAAUGUUUGUCCGAUAAUCACUUAAUAAAAAGUGUUCACUCACGCUUGGAGUGCGAUUUCGUGUUACGAGGAGCGUCUGUGUUAUCAACAAUCAAACAUAAAUAUCGUAUAAAUACUAUGAAGGGAUCGUCAUACAAGUUUAGUAGCUAACAAGAUGUCGAACCGAAAGUAUCUGGGCAUCGCAAUUGCUUUGCACUUGCUCGGCUGCUCAAUGGCCGGCAACAUCUUGGCAUUGAUGGGCAUGACAUCGCACAGUCAUCACAUCUGGAAUAGUGUUCUGCUCUACGAGCUAGCUGAAAGGGGUCACAAUCUGACCAUUCUCUCGGUGAAUUUGCCACGAGCCAAUGAUAAAGUGCCCGCCAAUGUUAACUACAUCUAUCUGGAACGUGCCUAUGAUUUCUAUACGGAUGAUAACGAUAAGAUUGACAUCAAUUCGUUUAUUGGCAUCGGCAGCUACGAAACUAUUCCCAUACUCUACAAGUUUGGCGUUAAAACCGCCGAGUUCAUUACACUUUCGAAGGGUCUGCAGCAGCUUCUGGAUUAUCCCGAUGACUUCAAGUUCGAUGUGAUCAUCAAUGACUACACGAUGGGUCCAUAUUUGCUGGGAUUUGUGCACAAGUUCAACUAUCCACCUGUAAUUGGCAUUACUGCCUUCCACAACAAACCUUUGGUGCUGGACUUUAUGUCCAAUAGUUAUUUCCCUGCCCUGAUUCCAUAUUAUUCCACCCUAUAUACCCCGAAAAUGAACUUUUUCCAACGCUUCGAUAACACGCUAAUCUUCGCCCUGGAUACAAUCUAUCGUCGACUGUAUUACAAUCCCAAACUCGAUGAGAUAAUGCGUCCGUUUUUCGGUGCUGAUAUGCCACCGCUCUCAGAGCUAGCUAAGCUGACAAAGAUCUCGCUGAUCAACACACAUCCUGCAACAGAUUAUGUAGAAUCUUUGCCACCAAAUAUCAUUGAAAUCGGAGGCAUGCAGGGCAGACCGGGAAAACCUUUGCCCACCGACUUGGAUCAGUUUAUGCGAGGAGGAAAACGGGGUGCAAUACUUUUCUCACUGGGCACCAAUAUGUUGCCACACAACGUGGACAGAGAGACGAAGCUGAAGAUUGUGGAGGCUUUCCGACAGCUACCGGAAUACAAUUUCAUUUGGAAAUUUGACAACGAGUAUCUAAAGGAUGUGAAAGUGCCACGCAAUGUUCUGGUCAGAGAUUUUCUGCCACAACGCGAUAUACUGGCGCAUGAAUCUCUGACACUGUUUGUAUCCCACUGCGGAGGAUUGAGCACACAAGAAGCCACCUGGCAUGGUGUGCCCUUAGUUGGCAUUCCCCUGUUUCUGGAUCAAUAUCGCGUAAGUUUACAGAGAAAACUUCGUAUAUUUCCAUACCCGCAGCUCUUUGUGCAGAAUCUCUUACAAACAAUCGGAUCUGGCGCCGCUGUUCAAGUUGACUACCUGAAGAUGACCACCGACAGUUUGGUUUCAGCCAUACGUGAGGUGACCGAGAACGAACGCUACUCAAAGGCCAUGAAACUACGCUCAAAACGCUUCCGUGAUAAUCCUGUGCCGCCACUCGAGUUGGCCGUGUGGUGGGUUGAGUAUUUGAUGCGUCAUCCGGAUCCUGUGCAUCUGCACUCUGAAGCCAAGGAACUGAACUACUUCCAAACACAUUCGCUGGAUGUGCUCGCUGUGCUGGCUUUGAUUCCACUUCUCAUACUCUAUGGAUUAAGUCGCUUUUGUCGUGGUCAAGGUAAAGAACAGCAGGCGAGAAAGCACCGCAAACGCGAUUGAACAGCGGGAAAGUAAGUCAAGGAUUUAGCUUUUAAAUAUGAUUUUUAUUUCGAUAUACAUAGCUAAAUAUACAAUACAUUUUGUUGUUAUUAUUACGA